ACGUCAAUCAUAUUUUACAUUCCCAUUUUACAAACUUAUUUUUGUAUCGAAAUGUAUCGAAAAAAAGUUUCGGACGAAGAGAAAACCUAUCAAACGCAACAGCACCUUGAAAAAGAGUUAAAUGCGUUGGCACGCCAGUACCUAGUUCUGGAUAGGGAUUGUACUCACAGCCAAUUUUCUCGCGGAAGUUCAUUAAUUAAAGGUGACAAAGUCAUUAGAAUUUUUCAAAAAGAGCAUGUAAACAUCCUGACUGAUUUAAUGAGGGCGGCAGCCCCAGGUCGCACACGAGAAGAUGAAAAACUCUUUGAUGAAUUAUCAAAACUCAUGGACGAAAAUCGUUUUUACACUAUUCAAGUCAAUGAACACAAAGUGUAUUUGAGGGAAAUUGAGGCAGAGAUAAAAGUCUUUCAAAAAUCGGUUCACCAACUUCGCGAACAGCAAACUAGUGAUAAGCAGUGUGAGGAACGUGUUUGGCACGCUAUAAAGACAGUUGAGGCUUUAGAAAACAAACUAGAAACUCAAAUGAAACAAUUUGGGAAACUUUGCAGCAAAAAUAAAGAGUUGAGAUAUGAAAUUGAUCAUUUGUUGUGGCAAAGACGUAUUUUUAUCAACCAAUGGCAAAGCCUAAUUGACAAAUUAUCAGAUGGAAAAAAAAUUAUGCUAGAUUUAAUCGAACAAGCAACAAUUGCAUACAACCAGAGAGAAGAGUGGUGCAACAAAUUGCAAAUUUUGCGAACCAAAGCUCAUCAUGACUUGAGACAUAACAUCCAAGAAAUGAGAGAUAUUAGAAGAAAAUACGACCAUAGCAUGAAACUCUCCGAAUUUUUCCAAAUCAAAGGCCAACGUCGAGUCAUGAAAGACUUGGAAGCGAGAGAGCGGGAAAAACGACAUCGCCUCUACGAAAUUCUUAACGAAAAAGUCACUAAAUACCACUACAUGUUGAACGACAUUCAGAAUUUUUGUCGCGAAAAAAACCUGAAAAACAUUGCAAGAAACUUUGCAAAACAAGAAGAAUUCAAUUUGUCCAAAUUUAAAUUCGUUAUCGAAACGAUACAGGAAAUGGAGUCAGUGAAUGAUACUUUAGGUUUUUUGUAUUUGGACAUUGACGAGCGUUUUGCUCUUCACACAGAACGAGAUAAUCAACAAAAAAUUAAAUUACUCGAACUUGAAGCUAGCUUAGAAGAGACACGUAAUGCGGCUUCAGAAUCUCAAGAGAAACUCAAUGAAACUGAAACAUUGUUUCGGGGACUUCUACAAGGAAUUUCAAGUCUGUUUCAGUUAUGUAAAUGUGUCAAGGAUCCUCUUUUUCGACUCCUGGGGAACAAUACUACAGUCCAGUUUUACAAUGUUGGACUCUAUGCCCAAAUUUUGGAAACACGAGUUCAAGAAAUGCUCAUCACUGCUGGUUAUAGGGACAAAAACCGAAAAACUGGUGAUAAGAAAAGAAUAAUUGAUGAUAAAACUGUUAAUAAUAAAAUCUACGAUAUUGACCAGAUUGUCAAAACCACUCCGUGUUCUUUGUGUGUGGAACAUGAAAUGGUGUCAGAUGUCAUGGAUGUGCUACAACAUGUGUUGUCACGUAAUGAAGCUAAAGUGAAACUUAGUCAAAGAAUGCAAUUGCCUGGAGGUACUGUGAGGCUUCACAGGAUUUCCCAUUGUCAGUUACCGAAAGCCAGACAAAUCAUGCAAAAAAGAUACGAAUAGUGUUAUUUUUAUACAUUUUGUUUAUAAGUUUUUUUAAUA